CUCAACCUCUUGCAACUUUUGUUCCUUAACCCGACACCAAUCAAGGUUUGGGCGGAACGAACAAAACCCUAAACUUCAAGGCUCCCUUGAAGCUCGUCUUUUUCCAAUUAGGGUUCUUCCCAAACCCAAAACGUCCAUCUCCAGACUCCAAUUCUCGGGACUUCGGAGCCGGAUCGAUGGGACAACCCCAAAGCCCAAGUGCUCUUCCUCCAUUCCCAACGCCACCGCCCAAAGACAGAGAGACCGCCGGCGCGGCGCAGAAGAGAAAACUGCCGACGGCGCGGGAGCUGAUAUCUCACUACGAGUCCCAAGGGAUGGACGCUCAGGAAGCCUCCCUGAAGGUUAUCGAUGACCUCCAGAACGCGCUCUUCCGGGUGGUUACCUCCGGGCGAGGGAGGAAGGACAAGUUCAUGGCGGAGACUUCGCGGAAGCUCGAUACGGCCAAUACGCGCCUCGCGAUUCUGGAAAUGAAGGUGGAUUCGAAGCCUGGGUAUGGCGAAACUUUCGCGAUCGGCGUGGCGUCCGGGGCGGCGCUGAAAGGAAUUGGGAGUGUUUUGCCUAAUAUUGUUGGGGCCGUGGGCCAAAUAUGGGAUGCUGUGAAGAGUACCACCAAGUCUUCAUGAAUCUUCUCUUACGCCCAUUUCAGUUUCUUGCUUUCCCUUUUCUUAAUCUCUCCAAUUUUGGGGUUUGAGUGGAAUUUCAUUUUGCCUGUAAUCCUUGUGCUCAACGAAAGUGAAUGAAUUUGGAAUACUUCUCUUAA